AGAUAUCUAACAACCUUCAAUGGAUGAAAAUAAUAAUCAGGAUGGGUAUGAUGUUAAGUUAAAUAAAGUGAACAAAUAAUAAUAUUUGAGGAGAAGAUUACAAAGGUGAAUGGAGAGGUGGCAAUUAAACGUUAUCAAAGAGGGAAGUUUUUAGGGAAGGGAGGAUUUGCAAAGUGUUAUGAGGCUACAAAUUUAGAGAAUAAGAAGGUGCUGGCUGCAAAAAUAAUAGCAAAAUCUUCUUUGACAAGAAAUAGAGCCCGUUAGAAGGUAUAUAUGAAAAUAAUUGAGUUAGCUGGUGUCAGAAAUCAAAAUACACAAAAGUUUAUAGAAUUCAAAUGUUGUCUAAUUUGAACAUGUGUUUGAAGAUCAUGAAAAUGUAUACAUUUUAUUGGAACUAUGUUGCAAUCAAACACUGAAUGAAUUAAUAAAAAGAAGAAAGAGAUUGACAGAAAUAGAAGUAUAGUGUUAUGUAGCACAGAUGAUAAAUGCAUUAAAAUACUUACAUAACAAUAAUGUGAUACAUAGAGAGUAAUUUAUUUAUUGAAAGUAGUUUGAAACUUGGAAAUUUAUUUCUAAAUAAAAACAUGGAAUUGAAAUUGGGAGAUUUUGGUUUAGCAACUAAAUUAGAAUUUGAGGGAGAGAAAAAGAGAACUAUUUGUGGAACACCUAAUUAUAUAGCUCCAGAAGUAUUGGAUGGUAAAGUGGGACAUUCAUUUGAAGUUGAUGUAUGGUCACUUGGAGUAAUAAUUUAUGCAAUGUUAAUUGGUAAACCACCUUUUGAAACACCUGAUGUUAAAUCAACAUACAAAAAAAUAAAAAUGAAUUAAUAUUCAUUUCCAGAUUAAGUUUAAAUAUCAGAUAAUGCAAAAUUACUUAUUUAAAAAAUAUUAGUACUUGAACCUAAUAAAAGACCAACAUUAGAUGAAAUAAUGGCACAUUCUUUUAUGAAUUCAGGUGGUACUAUUCCAAAGUAAAAAUCUUAUAAAUAAAAAUCAUUAUUAGAGUUUUACCUUUGUCAACUUUAGCUUGUCCUCCUUCUAUUUAAUAUAAUAAAUAGUUCCAAUAACCAAGUAGAGCUUCAGAAACUGCUUAAUCAAAUCCUAAAAUGGCUACAGUUAGACCUAAUAUUUCAUCUGAGAGAUGUACUUAAGUAACCAUAUUUUAUUAGAAGAAUAAUUUGGAGCUACAUCUGGAUUAAAUACUGGAUAUAAUGGUGGAUAUAAUAGUAGUCAAAGACCAUCCUCUUAAAAACCAUAAGAUUUUAAAUAAUCAGUAAGCACUAAAUCACUUAAUUAAUUCUAUACUAGUGGUACUAUGUAAAAUCAAUAAAAUACAAAAUAAAAAAAUGAAAUAUUUGUUAGAAGAUGGGUAGAUUAUAGUAGUAAAUAUGGACUUGGAUAUCUACUUAGUAAUGGUGCUACUGGAGUAUUCUUUAAUGAUUCAACUAAAAUAAUAUUAGAUCCUAAAACAUAAGAAUUUGAAUAUUUAGAAAGAAAAGGCACUGAUAAAUAGGAUGCCAUUGAAAAAUAUUCAAUUAAUAGUUAUCCUAAAGAAUUAUAGAAAAAAGUUACUUUACUUUAACAUUUCAAAUCUUAUUUAGAUGCUGAUUCUAAAACUAAUGCUUAAGGAGAAAUCAAUGAAUAUGAUCCUUUCUAAUCAGUUUAUGUAAAAAAAUGGAUGAAAACAAGACAUGCUAUCAUGUUUAGACUUUCUAAUAAGAUAGUUUAAGUAUUAUAAUUUUCUCUCUCUUUUUUAGGUAAAUUUUACAGAUAAAACUGAAAUCAUAUUAUCCUCAGAAAAUAAAUUAGUCACUUAUGUUAAUAAAUUAGGAGAAAGAAGUCAUUAUCCAUUAGCAACAGCACUUGAUAGUUAAAAUCAUGAAAUGGCAAAAAGAUUAAAAUAUACAAAAGAGAUCCUUACACAUAUGCUUAAUGGAAAUACAAAUGUGGACUUAAAGAAUCCAGAAUGAUCACUAUAUAUUUGAAUGUGAGAUGAU